AUGGUUCGUUAUUUAUCGAACUCAUUAAGUGGUAUGGCUGGUGUGAUGGUCGCCGGAAAUGGUACCAGUGGAAGUAGCGCUUCGCAGUUAUAUGCACCAAAAGGAAUGUUUGUCAAUGAAGCGGGAAUCUUGUAUGUUGCAGAUACUCUCAACCAUCGCAUCCAAAAAUGGAAUAAUGGAGCUUCUUCUGGUGUGACAGUAGCAGGCACUGGAGUUAGUGGCAAUAGUUUAUCUGAGCUAUCGUAUCCGAGAGGAAUUGUUAUUGACUCAAAUGGAUACAUGUAUAUAACGGAUUCUGGAAACAAUCGAAUUCUUCGAUGGCCACCAAAUUCGAAUUCUGGUGAAUGUAUUGCGGCUUGUACUGGUAUUGGCGGAAAUGGAAUUGAUACGCUGAAUGGGCCGUUUUCAUUGGCAUUCGAUAGCUAUGGAUCUCUUUUUGUUAGCGAUGUAUACAAUAAUCGAGUACAGAAAUUUCAGAUACUUAGUAGUUUUGAUGAAACUUCAACAACAGCGAUAACGACAACAGCGACAACAACAACAGCGAUAACAACAACGGAUCACACAACAUCAUUGCAAACUUCGUCGAAGUCAAGUAGUACACAUUCAUCAACAAUUGCAAUAUCUAUCGCUCUAGUGCUUUGGUUUCUUAAUGAUUGGAACUUGAGCGACUUUGUCCUUCGCCUUCCUACUAUACAAUGA